AUGCCCGCCCGAGAGUCUGUGAUGAUCGAGGUGAUUCCCUGUGAUCGGGCAUCUACGGAAGAGCCCAGCAUCGAAGUUGCCUUCAACGCCACGCCCACCGGCCACGCGUCUAGCAAGGCACAGAGUCCCGAAUCAACCACUCUUUACGGUACGUCAAUCAGUAAAGAGCCAUCCAUGAAUGAACAUAAUAUCUUUGACGUCUCCUCGCAUGCUGAUGGUGCUGCGGGGAAACAUGCUGCGAAACUCGAAUCAAUGUCACCUCCGAAGAAGCUUGCUACUGGAGUGGUGUCUACCGAGCAGCAAAUCUCCAAGCUGGCUCAUGUCUUUCCUUGGUUGAGGAGUGACGCUGAGGAAGAGGCUACAUCAGAGCCGGCUGUCGUUGCACCGGUCGAAGAUGAGCUGGCUUCCUCCUUUAGCGACGAUAGUCACAGCCUGACACAUGUUUUUGUUUGGCUGAGACCCAGCUACACAAGCUCACAGGGCGAGACGGACGUGCUUGAACCUGUUACUGAUCCAGACUACGAUGUCUUCGUCACUGACAAGCCAUCCGACGACCCUGGACAGGCUAUUACCCCUAGCGGAAACCUUUCGCUUCUUGAGGAACAGCCCGCGUUCGACAAUGCGGCUCACGAUCUUACUGUCGACCGUGCCUGCGCUCCAUACUCCAUCGCACAUAUCAGCGAAAGCUCUGUCGCACACUUGAAUGAGCUACCAUUUAUCAAUCGGCCGGUCAUCCAAGAGCCGUCCAAUGAGACGCUACCCGUCGAGCAGCCCAACUUUGCGACAUCGACCACACCCCCUCCCUCCCACGAUUGCGCGCGGCCCCAGUCCGCGGAAGAGCCAGACCCAAUCACGACUGCCUCGAAAGAUGUUGCCGUCUACGAAUCACCGUACGGAACCUUGGACCACGUCUUCGUCUUCCAAAAGUCCGUCCUUACCACGGUCCACACUGGUUCCAGAGGUAUUUCUGUCUACGAAUCACCGUUCAUGACCUUGGAUCACAUCUUCGUCUUUCGGAACUCUUUGGCCACCAACUCUAGCGCGUCGGCUGAGUAUGACCGCCAUGUCGGGGAGAUAGUUACAGUUAAUGACUCAGAGGCUCCUGGUGAUGUACAUGUUACGAUCCAAGAGCAGGCCGUCAACGCCACCCGCGAAGACGAUCCCACUCCCAAUGAUGGUGCUUGGGACAAGAACGAACUCGAUUACAUGGCGGCAGACGCUGUUGUCGUUGACCAGGACCCCGGCAAGAAUAGCCUCACUGAAGAAGAUGCCGUUCAGCCAGAAUGCAACCACCACAAAACUGAACACAGCACUAAACCAGAGCUUGAUACGGAUACGACAUCAUCUCUCGCCCCUUCAACACCGAGCUACGCUGAGACGGUCGUAACCGGCAAGGCUGUCAGUCCUUCACCUCACCCUUUCCACGACGUGCCACCCGUUCUCACCCCAUGGUCAUUCACUCCUAUCAUCGUAGGCGCGACCGCGUCCGCCAUCCUUGUCUCGGCCCUCUCCCCAGCCCUCUCGGCCACGAUGCUCUGGGCGAGCGUCAUCUACACCAAGAACAAGCUGCGCUGUUGA